AUGGGGUUGCUCUGGAGCAAAAAUCAGCUGACAUCCAAUGAGAAACACGCUUCUGGAAGCAACCCAAAAACCAAGAGUAAACCUCCUCCCGCCCCACCAAAGGGCAGAGAAUUUAUCAACAUCCCUCAUCUAAAUCAAGCCUCUGUACAAGAUAAUUUUAUUGUGAUUGCACUGUACGAUUUCCCUGCCUCAAGUGACCGUGACCUGCAACUGGUCAAAGGGGAGAAACUUCAAGUCCUCUCCAACGAGGGGGAAUGGUGGCUGGCAAAAUCCCUCAGCAGCGGGAGGAAAGGUUACAUCCCUAGCAACUUCGUCGCACAAGUAGACAGUUUGGAAGAGGAAAAGUGGUACUUUAAAACUCUGAGCAGAAAAGAUGCUGAACGGCUGCUAUUGUCUUCUGGUAACAAAGUCGGCUCUUUCCUUGUUCGAGAGAGCGAAACCAGCAAAGGUGCCUAUUCCUUGUCCGUGAGAGACAGCGACUCUGCUCAUGGGGACAUCAUCAAACACUACAGGAUCCGCGCCUUAGAUGGUGGGGGGUAUUACAUCUCCCCCAGGAUGACUUUCUCCAGCCUGCCAGAGCUAAUCCACCAUUACAGCCAGAAAGGGGAUGGCCUAUGCCAGCGGCUCACAGUUCCAUGCAUAUCCCUGGUUCCCCAGAGACCCUGGGCACAGGACGAAUGGGAGAUCCCACGGGAGUCUCUGAAGCUUGUGAAGAAACUUGGCAGCGGGCAGUUUGGGGAAGUGUGGAUGGGCUACUACAAGAACAACAUCAAGGUGGCUGUGAAGACCAUGAAGGAGGGCAGCAUGGAUCCUGAUGCUUUCUUGGCAGAGGCAAACUUGAUGAAGAGGCUUCAGCAUAACAAACUGGUCCGGCUAUAUGCAGUGGUCACAAAGCAGCCUAUCUACAUUGUGACAGAGUACAUGGCCAAUGGGUGUUUGCUGGAUUUCUUGAAGACAGAAGAAGGAAGCCAACUGAACCUCCCCAAACUCAUUGAUAUGUCUGCUCAGGUGGCAGAGGGAAUGGCGUACAUCGAGCGAAUGAACUCCAUCCACCGCGACUUGAGAGCCGCCAACAUCCUCGUCUCAGAGACACUCUGCUGCAAAAUUGCUGAUUUUGGCCUGGCCAGGAUCAUCGAGAAUGAAUACUUGGCACAAGAAGGUGCCAAAUUCCCAAUCAAAUGGACAGCGCCGGAGGCCAUUAACUUUGGAGUUUUCACCAUCAAAUCUGACGUGUGGUCUUUCGGGAUCCUCCUGACAGAAAUCAUAACCUACGGCCGGAUCCCUUACCCAGGGAUGACCAACCCCGAGGUGAUUCGCAACCUGGAGAGGGGCUACCGCAUGCCCUGCCCGGACAUGUGCCCUGGUGAACUCUACAACAUCAUCCUGAAAUGCUGGCGAAGCAAGCCUGAGGAGCGCCCGACCUUCGAGUACCUGCAGUCGGUCCUGGAGGACUUUUACACUUCCACAGAGAAGCAGUAUGAGCCGGAGCCUCAGCAGUAAGACACCACCCCACCAGCACUUGGGGACAGAGCUGGAGGAAAGCCACUGUCCUGCACAGCCUGGCGAUG